CACGUAAUUCGUCCCAAAACACUAGAAGAAAGCAAAAGAGCACAGCCGGAGAAAAGCACAACCCACCAGUAGCCGCCGUUGAAACUUUCUUCAGCUCCAAGUUUUAGGGUUUAUAGCCACACCACCACCGCCACCGGCGGCCGCUCAAACCCAUGGACUUUGCAGAGCAAGCCAUGAAUCUGUUCGGAGAUUCGGACGACGAUGAUGAAACCAUCAACAACAACAACUCCAACGACGAGGAACCAGACGGGGAGCCACGCCAGCAGCGGAGCUCUUCCACCUCCUCGUCUUCCUCGUCGUCCUCAUCCUCCGCCGCCUCCUCCUCCUCCGAUUCAUCCUCCGCGUCCUCCUCCUCCAAUCGCAGCGGCAGCAGCCGCAGCCGCGAAGGAGAUGACGAUGAUGACGACAAUCGUGGUGAAGUGAGGUCAUCUGCCGGCAAUAAUCACACUUAUGACUACAAUGAUGACAGUAACAGUCACUAUUAUGAGAACCAGGAGGAGGUGGAGGAUGACAAAGAUCUGUUUGGCUCCGAUAAUGAGGAUUACGUCAAAACUCCGGCCAAUAGUCCCCAUCCUGUACCAGUCUUGCCUCCUGUACGGAAUAUGAACAAUCACACAAGAGGAGGUUUUGGGCGUGGUCGUUGGCAAAAUGAUAGAGGAGGGGCUGGUCUCCUUCCUCGCCCUGGACCUUAUCCACAAAGGCAGAACUAUGGUUAUGGUCAGAAGUUUUUCAAUGCCCCUCGUGAUGAGCGUUUUGUUUCUGAGUUGAAAUUCUCAAAAAGUGAAGAAACGUUAGCGAGAAAAGCCAUUGCUUUUCAAGAGCCGUGUGAACUUGCUUGCUUCAGUCGUGUAGAAGGUGGAGAUGUCUACUUUGACGAUCGUAGUUUGAGGCUGUUUAAGCGGCUUAUAACUGAAGAUAUUGGUGCCGACCUGAAUGAGGGUUUUGAUACUUUCAUUGCGAAGAAAGUAUGCAGCUUGAUAUCCACUAAAUGUGGUCAAUUCGUCAUGUUCAUACCAGAUCUGGGCUCUCAAGGAUUUGGUGACCUCCUUGCUACAAUAAGAAACAAAAAUAUUCCUCUUCAAAACAUGCACUUUGUGACAUAUCGGAACAACUUAAACAAGAUCCUGGCCACUGCUUAUAUCAGGAACGAGCCCUGGGAAAUGGGGGUGCAUAAAAGGAAUGGAGUAGUGUAUCUAGAUGUGCAUAAAUUGCCCGAGAGGCCCCAGACUGAACUAGAUCGUCGAAGGUGUUAUUGGGGUUACUGUUUCGAGACUCUUGCUACAGAAGAUCCAAGAAGGGCUGAUGGGGAAGGAAUACAUCAUGUUGAUGCCAAUGUUGAAUACUGCUCUGUGAUUAAGACGAAAUUGGGAGCUCACCGGAUUCUCAUGGGUGCUGAAAUGGACUGCUGUGAUUCAACUGACGAGGGUAGGAGAUUCUAUGUGGAACUAAAGACGAGUCGUGAGUUAGAUUAUCACACUGAAGAACGAUAUGAGAGGGAGAAAUUGCUUAAAUUCUGGAUACAAUCAUUCCUUGCUGGUGUACCUUAUAUUGUGAUUGGGUACAGGGAUGAUGGUGGCCGACUUGUGCGUACAGAAAGGCUUAGAACCAAAGAUAUAACACACAGAGUGAAAAUGAAGAAUUACUGGCAGGGAGGAGUGUGCUUAGCAUUUGCUGAUGAGGUCUUGUGUUGGCUUUAUGGGACUGUUAAAGAGAAUGAAGACUAUAUUUUGCAGUUUGUGCCACCUGCAAACAGACUGGAGCUUCUUCAAGCACAAUCAUGUCCCAACGGAUUUUCCCAUAUGGAGGAGGAUCCUACCUUUACUACGAACAAAGAGUUGCCCUUGAACGCUGUAGCCCGAAUAGCCUAA